UUUUUAUCUCGUCUCUGACUGACUCUCUGUUGUCAAACAUGAAUGUGCGUUCAACCUCUGAUAUCAGUUCUAAGUUGCAGUCGGUUUGAUAAGGAUCGUCGCCCUCGCAGACGUGGACUCGUCCUAAUUCUGGCGGUUAAAGUGUAUCUUUCACACUGUCUCUUUUGAUCAAUGACCUUUGAUCCUCUUUAUCAGCUGAUAAUCAGUUUGAAUAUAAGCAGCGUCCACCUCAUCGACUCUCACUGCGAGACGCUCUUCAAAACACUCGCCAACAUGCAUUCAACCAACCACAGGCUGUUUGUCCUGACUGUGCUGGUGUCUCUACUGUUUGCCUUACAGGUCCAGUCUGCACCAGUAGAUAGUGACUGGGCAACCGGGCUGAUCCACCGUGCCAAGCGCUCGUUACUAUGGCGAUGGAACACUCUGAAACCCGUGGGUUCUGGAUGUAGAGAUCACUAUGAGUGUGGGACCAACUACUGCAGGAAACAUACGUGCUCCUUCAAGAAUCAACACGCUUAGGACUGAAGAUUCUACAAACAUUUCGCCCUUUUGAUUGUGGGGUGAAAUCUGUCACUGAGAUUUGAGAUCCAUCCAUUUCUCUGAGAUCCAUCCAUUAACACCAUCUGUCAAAAAUGAACUUUGCAUCCAUAGUUUCUGAUUAAAAACCACUGGGAAAGAGAUGUUUGAUGUGAUCAAUACAAACAUAAAUGGCAAAAUAAUCUGUAGUAAAUCUAUUUCAUCAUCAGCUGUACGUUAUUUAUUUUGUAUAUCACACGUCAUGUACCUUUUGUCUUGUUGUUUAAAUGUUUUCACAGUAUUUUGUUACAGUAAUAGUGCAAUAUUUUUUUAAGAAAAGAGAAAGUCAGAUGCUCAUAUGAUCAAAUAAAUGGAUAAA